CAUCUCUUCUGCCCUCUGUUGACGAGGAGCAAGUGCAACAUUUGGAAAAGGGUGCAGUGUGACAACGGGGGAAGCUGACCAACAAAUACUUAUUACCCGAUAAAAAUGGCAGAUGAUGAGAAAUUACCGUCCGGAUGGGAGAAGCGCAUGAGUCGCAGUUCAAACAGGGUGUAUUAUUUUAACCACAUCACCAACGCCAGCCAAUGGGAGCGGCCAACGGGGUCAUGUGACGGGCGGGGCGAGCCAGACAAGGUGCGCUGCUCUCACCUGCUGGUGAAGCACAACCAGUCCAGGAGGCCGUCGUCAUGGAGAGAGGAGAAUAUCACGCGCAGCAAGGACGAGGCACUGGACCUCAUUCAGAAGUACAUUGAGAGCAUCAAGUCUGGCGAUGAGAAGUUUGAGACCCUGGCCUCCCAGUUCAGUGACUGCAGCUCAGCCAGGAACGGAGGAGACCUGGGACCUUUUGGACGUGGUCAGAUGCAGAAGCCGUUUGAGGAUGCCUCGUUUGCGCUGAAGGUGGGAGACAUGAGCGGACCCGUGUUCACCGACUCCGGAGUUCACAUCAUCCUGAGGACGGGCUGAGACGGAUG